AAUUCAGGAAGUGCUCGCAGCUACUCAGACAUCUCGGAGCCUUGUCCGAAGCAGGACAAAGGCUGCAGCACCCAGGGAUGAGUGGGCCAUGGCCUGGCCCGUGGGGUGGCCCCCAGGUCAGGAGGCCAUGGCACCGCAUACAGCCAGGGCUGUCACUCGGGGAAGCCCGGGCCCCUCCGAGUCCAGGGAGUCUUGAGCUCACAUCUUUCGGGACAGCUCUUCUUCCAGAAGCUGCCGGUGGAGUUGACCACGGCUCUUGGGAUCCUGGCCAGAGGCUUAGAAAACAGUAACAGAGAGCAGCUGAGGUCUGAUGGCGCAAUGCGGAGUGCCCACUGGCCUGGUGGGGCCGUGACCCAGGGCCUCAGACCGGCAUCUGCUAGGAGCCCACAAGGAGUGUGGCUGGAAGAGCGGGGCGCCUGCUACCCCCCAGAGCCCCCUGUUUUGGGUGGGGAGCUGAGGCUCUAAGACUUGGCGCCGGUUGCUCAGCAGGUCAGCUGCCACGCAGGGCCAUGGAAACAGCAGUGAUUGGCGUGGUGGCCGUGCUGUUUGUGGUCACCGUAGCCAUCACCUGCCUCCUCUGCUGCUUCAGCUGUGACUCGAGGACCCAGGAUCCUCAGGGGGGCCCUGGCCGCAGCUUCACAGUGGCCACGUUUCGCCAGGAGGCUUCUCUCUUCACGGGGCCGGGUCACCAUGCCCAGCCGGCGGCGGCGGGUGCCCGGGACUUCUGGACCUUCAUGUGAAGCCUCACAGUCCGCAGGAUUUGUUCUGCUGGUGGGUCAGACCCACUCACCCCCCAGUAAGCCUUCCCUGGUGUCCCACUCCUCCAAGUCUGCUUUGGGCGAACUCCGCGUCCCAGCCCAGCCCAGCUUGCUGUGCCCGCCAGCCUGGGAGAUCCGCAGGGCUGGGACCAGGUGGAAUUCAGCUCCGAGCCCUGAGAGUUCAGCUGGACCCUGCCCACAGGCUGGGGCCUAGGAGAGGCCUGAAGAGUGAGUGACUGACUGGGCACUGUCGGAUGGCACGGAGACCAGCUCUUCUGAUUUACCGGGGACUGCAAUAUCACCGGAGCUGACUGGGAACAGAGGGCUAGUUCACUCAGGUUACCCCAGCGUGCCCGAACAACUGGUUCUAUUGCCACCAGAAGAAACAGCGCCCUCGAGUGGACAUUUUUACAUUUUUAUCUGCCCCUCUGAUGGGUUCGGUUCCUUGCAAGGGCACAUAGCACAGAAUCCAACCCUGAGACCUGUCCCCUACCGGUUGCCUGAAAUCAGACCUGCAAUUCUGCAACCAAAGGGCUGCUUCCUUGGGAACAAGCCAUUUAUUUUAUAAUUGAAAAUGUAUAUCCUUAUAUAGGUCUCUCAAGAACCAGGGCUGAAAACUACAAAAGGAAACAGAAGAGAAAAAAAAAAUAGUCACAGAAAGUACAAGCUGUUUGAUUAACGGGAAAGCCAAGAAAGAAGACUUUGAAACAUAUUUUGAGUGAGACUUUAUUACUAUAUUCUUAUAGGUCACUUCUGUUCUUAGAGAAUGUGAGUGAUUUGCGUCACUUGGGAAUGAUAGAAAAAUCAUGAACUGAAAGAUGAUUCCAAAUAAGUUAAAAUGUUAUGUUACAUCGAGAGCAUGUAACAAAGCUCUUGUUUUUGUCACAAAUAAAGAGAUGCUCAGUUUUUAUUAAUAGAAAA